UUUUCCUUUUAUAAAUUUUUUAAACUAACCCACGUUGCUUCACUCAAAAUGCUAUAUCUCAUAAAUUAAUAGUUCCACAGCUGUCAAAUUUAUACCCGUAUAUUUUGAAGAUUAGGGCUGACCAAAAAUCAUAUGGAUUUAAUACCAGUAGUACCAUCUAUGUUUCAUCCACUAUGCUCUUUCUACUUAAGAUUGGCUGAUGGCUGAUGUAGGAUACCUUAUCAUAGCAGAGGCCGUUUCUACAACACUACCGUAACUGGAACGGACCCGGAUUACUAAUCAACUCAAAAUUACUUGCUUUAUGCCGCAAGAACAACAACUAAACUCUUUCGAAUGGCAGCUAAAAUUAUUGAGCAACUUUGCCUGUCUAAAGUUCACUCGGGGUUUCAUAACAACUGCAGAGAACAAACGCUACUAGUGAAUAUUUCAGAAAAGCACUUGCUUUCAUAAGUCAUGAAAAUAAUAUGCAAUAUAGCUUUUCAUUUAAAAAAAUAAAUACAUUUUUUUCUAAAAUUUUCAAUAUUUUGUUUUUGCUUAGACACACUACAUUUGUAAUCUAAUCCUUCGCGAAUUUAUCAUAGAAGUCAUAAACCUUUGGUUCGUAUAAAUGGAUACAACUGCAGAAUUAGAGUUGUCUUUGGAGGACUUGCUUCAGAUGGCCUUGGGAACCGAAUCAAUAAUCGGGGUUAACACAAUUGCGCUGCAUAGUUUGCUCGACUUGGUGCUGAAGAAAUUAGGCUGUGAAAACGAAAAGGUCUCGAUCAAUGGCUACGAAGCAAUGGUAAUUGAAAAACUCUUGCAGGAGUCUUCCAUUUCACCGCUUGCGUUUGAAACUAACCAAAUGAAAACGGUAAAACAAUUUGACUGUUUGAGUCAACUGGAAAUUACGGUCAAGGAUUUGGAAGAAAAAAUAGACAAACACUUAGAGGGAGUGCAGCACGAUAACUCGAUAAAAAGCUUUAAUAAUUCAUUUUCGAAUUCUCCGAUAUUCAGCCGGGAACAUAUUUGUUCCACCUGCGAACCAAAUAUGAAAGACAUAUGCAACUUUAUUGCUGACUCCAAAUUCAAGCAUAAAAUUUUAGAACAAAUUAUCCUACCUGUAUAUAAGCACUUACAAGCCAUGUCAAAAAAAUUGGAAGAUUUCGAAAUCGAAUUCGUAAAAUGGUUGGAGUUCAUGGAACAACAUUUGCAAACUAUUAGUCUAAAAGACACAGUUAUGAUACGUAUUCUAGAAGUGGACGAAGAAUUGACAAAUUAUCGUAAUGAGUUUAUGAAUGCCAUGGAGGAUCUACAGGAUAUAUUAGAUACCAAGGUAGACCGAUGUGACGUGUUCGCAUUACAAAAUGUUGUUGAACAAAGAGUUGAGGUUAUCCAAAGAACGAUGCGCGAAUAUAUCGCUAAAGCUAUGAAAGCUAACACUACGGUUUUUGCUUUAGAAUCAAAUACAUCAGAUCGAAAGGUCUAUGAAAAAACUCCGAGGACUAUUGAAAUAGAUCCGAUAUGUGAUUGCCAAGUAUAUGCUCAAUCGAAUUCGGGACUAAAAAAAGCUCAUGAGCAGCAGAUUGACUUCGACUCAAAGAAACCCAAACUUAACUUUACAAUUAAAAGAAGUUAUUCAAGUUCAAGCUAACUUAGCUUUUGGGCCUUAAUCAGUGAGAUUGAGUGAGGACAUACACAUUACUAAAAAAAGUUUAAUACACUUUUAUUUUUAUCAUCUUGGAAAAAUGCUUUUAAAAUCAACUCGCCUUAACGCCUAUAAAACUAACUUUAACAAUAAAAAACUCGCGAAUUGGAAACAUAUUUUCAAUAUGAAUUGUAUUGAGAUUGUCCAACAAUUUAUGAUAAAAUUGAUUCGUCGAACAUCA